AUGUCUGCCGAGGACUUCAUAAUGACAGCAUGGCGAGAACAGUUAGGGAAGCCCUUGAUGGUACUGAAGCAGCUUAGAGACUCUUCGCCCGUCAAUGACCUGAAUCCCGGGGUCCAAGUAGUUCUGCUGGCCACAGCAGUGCUAUUCUUCAUCUCUUUGCGUCGCCGCUACUUCUCUCCGAUCAGUCACAUACCUGGGCCUUUCUUAGCUUCUAUCACGCGAUUCUGGCAUUUGCGUCAGAUCUGGAGUGGACGACAGAAUCUGAAGUUGUUGGAGCAACAUGAGAAAUACGGAUGUUUCGUCCGCAUGGCCCCAAAUGAAGUUAGCAUCACACAUCCAAGUGGAGUCAAAGCGCUGCUGCUGGCAACACUUCCUAAGGGCGACUGGUACCGUAUCGUCUGUUUUCCUGAUUACCGUUUCUCGACUCCUUUCUCGAUGGUUGACCCGAAAGAGAAGAACGAAUGUUCCAAAUAUCUUUCCACCGGCUAUCUGCAGCACAACGUUAUCAAAUCAGAGCCUGCUUUGGACAAAAGCAUGUCUAAAUUGUUUAGGUGGAUGGAUAAAUAUGCUAAUGAGCAGAAACCAAUGGACCUAGACAAGUUCUUCACCUAUGUGGCUUUUGAUAUUACCGGCGAGGUUGUGUUCUCGAAACCGUUUGGGUUCAUCGAAAAGGGUGAGGACGUUCGAGGAUCGAUCGCGAUGAAUUUGGGGAUGGAGAUCUACAUCGCCUUCGCAGGUUAUUUCCAGUGGGUACAUCGACUAUUUGCGAACCCUGUCACAACCUGGCUUGCCAUCUUGCCCAUGGGACACCUGUUCGACACCACGAUGACAGCCUUGAACGAACGACAGAAGGAUCCUGAAGCAAGCAAUGACCUUGCGGCUCACUGGUUCAAGGGGCUGGAGAAAGCCAAGAAAGAUCAGUCCAAACUCUUCGACCUGCGGUGCCUGCAGGCUUUUGCAACGGCCAAUGUGGGAGCAGGCUCGGAUACCGUAUCAGCAGGCCUUCAAAGCUUCGUUUACCAUCUUCUGCGACACCCUGAUGGUUGGAACAGGAUCAAGACAGAGAUUGAGGCCGCUCGAAACCAAGGCCGCUGUGAAGGAGAAGUGAUCGCAUACAACGAUUCUGCCCAAUUGCCCUACCUGCAAGCUGCGAUCAAGGAGGGUCUCCGCAUGUUUGCACCCGUUUCAAUGGGCUUGCCACGAGUGGCGCCGAAAGGUGGCCUCAAGAUUGGAGAGAUGUUCUUUCCUCAAGGGGUGACUCUCACUGUAAGUCCGGCUGUUACACAUUUGUCGAAGAAUCUUUGGGGGGCGGACGCGCAAGUGUUUCGUCCCGAACGGUGGCUCGAGCCUGAUACGAGUACGAAGGAGAAGUAUUUCAUUCCAUGGGGCGCCGGAUAUGCCUCGUGCCCUGGGCAGCACGUUGCCAAAAUGCAACUUUCCAAGAUCGCAGCCACGAUUGUCCGAGACUACACGAUGAAGCAGGUUAACCCACAACAGGAAUGGAAAUGGGCCGCCUAUUUUACGGCCGUACCGCAUGAUUGGCCUGUGUAUAUCACUAAGCGAUAA